GCCAAACAUCGCCAUUUUGGAUGCUUCGUCCCGACGAUGGGCAUUUGCUUAAAUGUCGAAGCAAAACAAGCAUUCGGGCGGCGGAUCCAACAUCCUUCGCGGUGGGAAGCGGUCGUAUGAGUGCGGCACGCUUAUCGGCAACUUUGUCGAGGAAGCGUAUCGUCCAGGCGUCGUCAAGUCGCGCGGGUUUACGUCGAGUAUGUACACGACGUCCACACAACUGCAGCAAGCCGGUGUCGUCGUCAAGCCAUCCUUUGGACCUGCGCUGAAGAAUGAUCUGAACCCACGCUACGACUACACGAAUAUUGUUGGUCCAGACACAUUGAAUGCACCUUCGUCGUGGGUGCCAGCGUCGAAAACGUGCGAGUUCCAUCCACGCGAGCUCAAGACGGCCACGAUGAGUGGCCCUGAACUCGAAGCCUACAGGCAGAAAUGGUCCAAGGAACAAGAGGGCAUCAAGCAACUUCGAUUCAACACGGAAUCGAUCGCAAGUCAAGGGGGUAUCGUCGCUUCGCAGUUUAAACCUCGCCAUUUGUUGCACGACAACGGGUCCACGUCAUGACAGGAAUAAACACCCACGCAUGCCU